AUGCCGACCUAUAAAAACGUCACGGUGCAAGUCACCAACGCCACCGAAGUCCCUCUGGCAGAAUGGGGCAUACGCAAGCUCGAUCGCGUCAACCUCACCACUUGCUACAUCCAGAGCGAGACCGACCUGGCUUUCCGCAUCCGCAUCAACCCCAGCAUCCCCUGGCGCGCAGAUGAGUGGCACUUCCUCGCGACCCUCCGCAUCGACGGCCGCCAGACCCCCGAGAGACGCCGGAUCGUGCGCCUCGACAACUACGACCGGCCCUCUCGCCGCUACCGCGACGAGGACUUCGACGGCGAGGUCAUCAUCAAGUCGCGCACCGUCAAGGAUGCCGACGGGACUGUCCGCGUGUGCGGCUGGCAGUUCAAGGACGUGGGCAUCGAGGCCGUGUUCGACCGGCUGCUCGUGUCCUCCGAGCAGGAGGAUGAAGAGGAGCUGAUUGCCGCGAUGGGCGGCACUGCCCUCGACGACUCAGAGGAGAAGAGCAAAGUCGGGCAGAUUGAAGUCGCGCUGGAGCGCGUGACGCUGGGCGCCACGCGCUACGAAGCCGUGGACGCAGGGGCACGCGAUCAGCCCAAUCUCGCCGGCGACACGCGCCAAGUCACCCACACCGUCGCCCUGGACGCCGGGCACGUGGCCGCGGGCGGCGCGCGCUCGGUGAUCGACUACCGCCCCUUCGAUGCGCCUGAAGCGCCGUACGCGACCUUCAGGUUCUACUACCGCAGCGAGGACGUGCUUCGGAAGUUCGGCUUUGCCCACUUCCCGGCGGCUAAGCCGUCGAUUAAGCGCGAGCGGAAGGACGCGUCUGGGCUGACGCCUCUCCGUGGGAAGACGGGGGGCAAUGCUCCGAAAGACGCGUUCGAGCCGCGGAAGCCCGUCGCUGUGGAGGAGGAGGACGAGGCGGAUGAGCAGGAGGGUGCUGGGGACGGUGAGGGGAGCACUGCGGGUGCUGAGGAGGAGGAGGGAGACAAUUUCCCGCAGAGCGAUGCGGACGAGAGCGUGAGGACGCCUCUCAGCCAUUUGCGACUCGGGAGCAAACGGGAGAUGGAGCCGGUCGGCAGCGAGGCCAAGAAGGCUCGAGUCGAGGAGGACGAGGAGGAGGAAGAGGAGGAGCUGUGA